AUGAGUAUCGAUCAUGCCUUGGUGUCCCUGUCCUCUUCGUUGGACAACCCGGAUCAUGUCGAUGAUGGGGAGACGGAGCUUGUGCUACAUCGCGGACAACCUUCGCAGCCAGCGAAGGGGCAGCUGACCAAAGCUGCGACACCUCCGGUCAGCUUGGCUCUCCUGAGCGAUGAAGACAUGGCGCCUCCGACUUUUCAGCUUCCACCAGAAGUGCUGGUUGUGCUCUCACACACUCGCAGUUAUUUUAAGCUGUGCUGUCAGCUGGAUCUCAAGGCAGUUUCCUGCAAGCUGCGCAAUGCCGAGUACAAUCCACGUAAAGACGUGAACAAGCUGUUCAUCAGGCUCUUUCGUCCUGCAGCUUCAGCUCAUAUAUGGCAUACUGGGGCCGUGAACUGCUGCGUGAAGGGCACGGAGGAGGACGCCCGACAAGCAGCGAGGCGCAUAACUCGCAUGAUACAGAAGUGCGGUUAUCCUGCUCGUUGCGAGAAGUUCCGCCUGAUGGCCCAGGCUGUCGUGACGGACCUUUGUUUUCCCGUUCGGAUUGUGGACCAAGUCUUGAACCCGAGCUUUCCGAUGGGACUGGAAGAGCCACCACCUGGGCUGGAGAAGCCGCCGCCGGGGCUGGAGGAGCCGCCGCCAGGGCUGGCGCUGCCGCAGGUCGAGGAUCCCAGUCACAGAGCUGGCCGUGGCCUGGCGGCAGCGAUCUUCGCUAGCGGAAAGCAUCCAUGCUUGGCUAUGCUUGGUUUCGCAUCAUCCGAUCAUCUUUUGAAUCUGGGCCAUGCAAACGACCAUGUUUGCCUGUUUCUGGAGGAGGAACGGGCCCUUUUCACUGGCGACAACGUGCUCGGUUGGGGCACCGGGACAUUCCAGGACCUGCAGCAGUACAUGCGAUCUCUGAAACUGAUGGCCUCACAGGCUCCAGAAAUUCUGUAUCCUGCCCAUGGGCCUGUGGUUUCUGGCACUUCGGAGGCAGCUGCUUGGUUGCAAAUGUACAUCACCCAUCGUGAAGAUCGAAUCCGCCAGGUUGAGAAUGAGCUGCGAGCAGUGGACGUCGGCUUGGACCUGGUGGACCUCGUCAAGCGGGUGUACAAGGCACAGCCGGAGGUGCUGCAGUCGGAGGGGCUGUUCAGGGGUGCGUGCCUCAACACGAAGGACCGAUCCCCUGCUCUGCUGAAUCAGCUUUGUGCCAGCUUCCUUCGCGUAUUCCACGUCAUCGUGCAGCCCAUGGGGGUGACCAUGGACGAGAACGAGUCAGAUCCGGAGCCUGAGCGGACCGCGGGGCUUUGGCGUGGCCUUUUUCUGAAGGGAGCUUGCCAGAAGAGCCUGUUCGACUUCUGGUUGACAGAGAAGACCACCACAUCGGUCGGGCUGCUUUUCAAAAUCUGCGAAUUGCUGACCGGCCAUGGCGUGGACAUUUGCAGUGCAAUCAUCAACACGUCAGACAACGGCAUUGUCUACAAUGAGUUCGAGGUGCGCAUCGCUCGCCCGGCAGAUACUGUGGGCGUGAUGGACUGGUGCCGUGAGUUGGAGGAGAUGUUGGAGAAGACCCGAGGUCCUGCUUUCGACAACUCCCUUGUGGCCGUCUCCAAGCGCCUCUCGGUGAAUCCCGACCUGGUCAGUGUCGUGACCUUCAAAGAAGUUCAAGCCAGCAGCGAGCGUGAGCUUCGCUACCACCUGGUGCUGGAAGGAAUCAAUCAGGCCGGGUUGCUAACCUACACCGCCCUGGUGCUCUUCCGUUGCGGCUUCAGUAUACUUCAUGCGACGAUCUCGACGAGUGAGGGACAUAUCGUGGACACCUUCGAUCUCUCUACGAAGUCAGCGGAAGCUGAAAGCCUUCUUCGCUCCUACUUGGACGUACCGAACGGAGGAGGUGGCGGUAGCACCGGCAAGGAGACGACCCCCCUGCCCUUCCAUGCCAUCGAGUCGGAUCCAGACAUGCAGGCUCGCGUGCAACAGCUGCUGAAUGCCUUAGACUUAGCCACCAUAAUCAUGCGCGCCUGCAUUGCUCAUGCUUUUGGCAUGUCACAUCUCAUGCAGCCGCAGUGCACGCCCGGCAGCCAGCAUGCCUGCGUUGUUCAGCGUUUAGUGUUCAGUCACGAGAUCACAUGCACCGUGUCGUCACUCGUCGAUAUUUGA